AUGAAUGAUAUUCAGUUAUUGCAGACAUCCAAUUCGCCACGGUCCGACGUGACAGCGUAUACUCUCGAUGCUCUUGAAACCUCCGACAGACGAACGAAGCGAGAACGAAGAUUCGCUUCAUCGCGCUGCGUCUGCGAUCAGUGCGGCAAGUCAUAUGCAACCACCAGCAACCUCAGUAGACAUAAGCAGACCCAUCGGCCGUUGGAUAGUGAGCACGCCAAGCAAUGUCCGCACUGUGAUCGGGUAUACGUUAGUAUGCCAGCACUUAGCAUGCAUAUUUUGACGCACAAGGCCAAUCACAAGUGCAAUCUCUGUGGCAAGGUCUUUUCACGACUAUGGUUACUACAGGGUCAUCUCCGCUCUCAUACCGGUCAACGCCCAUUUGGAUGCGCUCAUUGCGGGAAGAACUUCGCUGAUCGGAGUAAUCUGAGGGCACAUAUUUUGACUCAUAACGGUUCGUGA